AUGUAUAAUUAUUUGAUGGCAUAUUUCGAUGAAGGACCUGGAUAUUUGUUACUUAUUGUUAUGACAUUAUCGAUAAUUUCUUGUUUCUUUGUUGGUUUAUUGACCGAGAACUAUUCUCAAGUGGAUAAACUUUGGUCAUUAUUACCACCUAUUUAUUGUUUAAUAACAUUGUUCUAUGGUCCAAUUACGUUACGUAUGAUGAUAAUGACUUUAAUAGUUGUUAUGUGGGGUUUGAGAUUGAGCUACAACUUUUAUCGUAAAGGUGGAUAUAAGUGGUCGAGUGAAGAUUAUAGAUGGCCAGAAUUGAAAAAAACAAUUACUAAUCGUAUUGUUUUCGAAUUAUUCAAUUUAACAUUUAUAUCUAUAUUUCAAAACAUAUUGCUACUUUUAAUUGCUAGUCCCAUUUAUUACACAUGGAAACAUUAUCAGACCACCCCGUUAAAUGGAUGGGAUUAUAUAGCAACAAUAUUGUUUUUACUUUUUUUAAUCGGUGAAAUGCUCGCCGAUGAGCAACAAUGGAACUUUCAUUUGAAAAAACAUCAACAAAUAGCUAAACAAACGAAGUCUACUUCGAAUACCAAUGAUGGAUUUUUGAGUGAAGGUCUAUUUUAUUAUAGCAGACAUCCAAAUUUUUUUUGUGAAAUAUGUAUAUGGUGGUCAUUUUAUUUAUUUUCUCAUUCAUUUUUCAAUUGGACAAUUUCUGGUCCCAUAUUAUUAACACUCUUAUUUCAAGGUUCAACAAAAUUCACAGAGGCAAUUAGUUCUCAAAAGUAUCCACGUUAUAAACAGUAUCAAAAGACAACAGCAAAACUUAUUCCAUGGUUUCCAAAAAGAAAUAGAUAA